AUGUUCUAUUUGUUCUAUAUUCUCAUUGUUGCAAGUGCAUUUGAUUUUGAUAGUUGGGUGAUUAAAUUCAACAAACGUUUCUCGGCUGUCGAGUCACUCAGACGUCGUGCCAUAUUUGUUCAAAAUGCCAGAUUUGUUGAUGAAUUCAACAAACACAACACUUUUAAACUUGGGGUUGAUGGUCCUUUCGCUGCACAUACACACCAAGAAUAUCUCUCGACUUUGUCUCACAAACCCAAUACCCAAGAAAGUUAUGUUGAGCCACAUACAAAAGAGGCACUUAAAUCUUUCCCAGAAUCACUCGACUUAAGACAACAAGGUAAAGUUACAAAAGUUAAAGACCAAAAUCCAUGUGGAAGUUGUUAUUCAUUUGGUGCUCUGGCUUCAUUAGAAGGAAGACUUCUUUUCGUAGGCGGCAAUGUGGACACACUUGAUUUGUCUGAAGAACAAAUUGUAAGGUGUUCUCCCAAUAAUGGUUGUAAUGGAGGAACGGGAUCUGUUGUUUAUGACUACAUCAAGGGAAAUGGAAUAUUACAAGAGAAGGACUAUCCAUACACCGCUUCAGAUGGAAAAUGUGAAGCUGAUCUUACUUAUAUUUUUGCCACCGUUGAAGGAUACAAAUAUAUAACCAGAAAGGAUAAUGACGCACUGAAAAGUGCACUUGUUGAUGGAGUUGUCGAUGUUUCGAUUGAUGCCUCUUCUCCAAAGUUUUCAUUGUACAAAAGUGGAGUGUAUCAUGACACAAAGUGCAAAACUUCUCUUUUAAGUUUGAACCAUGAAAUAGCAGCCGUAGGAUAUGGAAAGUUAAAUGGUGAAGAAUAUUGGAUAGUGAAGAACUCUUGGGGAACAAAUUGGGGAGAAAAUGGCUACAUCUUGAUGGCGAUGGAAGGAAACACGUGUGGUGUCACUUCAGAACCCAUUAUCCCAACUGGAGUCAAAUACCUCUGA